CAGUAGAGUCAAACCCCUCGAUUUCAGAAUGAUUUUCACUGUCGUUAAUUAUCCGUCUUCUUUUAAUUUAAUCUUUCGCCUUUCCCUUCAGUUUUAGGAAUUAUGUGCAAAAAGUGCACCCUUUCCGCCGGAUCCCUAGAACUCUGCAAAGAUCCUUCAAAGAUACCCGAGGUAAACUGUGACAACGAGACUGCACCAGCACCAAAUGUUACGUUCGACGCCUGCACCUCAGCAAAGGUCGUGGCUGACGUAGACGCCGUCUAUGCCUAUUAUGCCUAUGAAUGUACGGUCAAGGUAAGUUAAAUAAAAAAAAGAGUUCAACUUUUGUGAAGCGGGCACCUCUGACUGUUAACCUCUCACGGGGAGGAUAACAUUGGUUGGAAGAUCAUCAACACAUUUCAAGAACAUUUUUUCAGAUGGACACCAGCUCCUCCAUCCACAUUAGAGUGCGCCUUUGACGGCACGUAAAAUGGUCGUAGCUUUCUAUGGAAUUGGGGGGCUAACGACCGCCGAAGGCGAAAGAAAUUAGCGGGGUCAGGGGGUAUUCUUCUUCAGGAAAUUAUGAAAUAAAGACUCUCGGAAACGCGAUUUCCAGCGCUUUGAGGUGCAUUUGCGACAUAUUUAUGGCAUUCAAUUUCAUAAAAGUUUGCUCAUUGUGUUAAUGAGAAAAGGCAUUUCUAACCGUGAUAACAACAAAAAUUUUAAUAAAGUAGCCAACGUUACAGAAUUAUGUGCCGGUGGAUCGACGUUUAAAGAAGGCGAACUAAUAUAUGCAAAAAUAUAUUGAUACAUGCAAUACAUAAUUCGUAAUCAUGAUAAACAUACACAAAUGUUUUACAUCCGAAGAGCUUGACAACUUGCUAUUUAUGAUAAUUACUUAUAGAAACAUUCAAAAUGGCGGCAAAAUUAUUUGGGGAGGGGAUACCCCCCGGCUCCGCGGUCCCUGAAUUGAGGACACUGUUUCUACGUCCGCGACUGACGGAGUCUCUAAUUCUACGUGGUCAUCCAAGCCACGUAAGGGUCUAUCUCUUUGCAGAGUAAAAGCAGCAACUUUUUCCUUGGUUGUCUAAACGUUGAGUAUUGGACCGGUCUCGGGAGUAAAACCGAGACCUCUCAAUCUGGCCCCAGUAGAUCAAAAUGUAGCUAGAUAACGCUAACACCGGAUAAUCUCUCUCCACUGGAAUAGCGCAAUUGGUUUCCCCUACACUAAUCCACUUGAUAGCGAUUUUUUCCAUUUGUUAGCACUUUCCAUCAUUUGAACAACCGGGGCCAGAGCUCUUACAAACUGAACUAAUCCUGCCGAGGAAUUUUAAAGCGCUAUUUACUUUUCAGUUAUCUGUCGUUUUAGUUUAGUUCAAGUAAAUUCCAGAAAGAAUAAUUAAAAGAUCCAAAAAAUAGACUCUGAUCUUUGUAAAUUCAAACAAGCAUCAAACAAUAAAUCCUGUUGAAAUUUUUCGCCUAAGAUUUAAAGGUCACAGUUUUAUUGAGCACAUACAUAUGUUUUGGACCCUAGCUAUAAUAGGCUGAUUUAGCAACAGGUUGAGAACGUCAGUUGACGACGGGAAAGCGCGCGGAAAGGACUGAACACGACUUCCGGUGCCCAAUUUGUCGUUCUGCCAUUGGUCAAGCUAGUUGUUUAAUUUGCACGCGCCUUCGUCAACUGACGUUCCCGUUCUGUUGCUAAAUCAGCCUAAUACCUCCCAAAACCCGGACGGGCGCUUCACCCAUUGAGCCAGGAGGAAACUCGACCAGACUCGUAAAGAUAGAUGAUAUUCGUGAAGGUUAAAUUGUCGAAUCUGGUCCUGGCCCUGGUUGUUCAAACGUUGGAUAGCGCUAUCCACGAGAUAAGUAUUUUAAGUAUUGGGGAAACCGAUUGUGCUUUUCAGUGGAUAGAGAUUUAGUCAGUGGAUGGCGUUAUCUACCUUUUGAACAAAUGGGGCCUCGACUCAACUUAUUGUUUUGUCCUGCGCACGAGAUAUGAAUCUCUAAAUCUCCUUCAUUUAUCAAUUACUAAGCGAAACGUUUACCAUCUUUUUCUCUCGAAAACAUCUUUUUACCACCCGGCUAGCAAAGUAACGAAGAUGCUUGAUAUCCAAGUCUCACUAACUGAUUGCUUUCCUCUUGUUCUUUUAGAACUCCUCUGAUCCUUCCACUUUCAACUGUACCACCACGCAAGAACGAAUUUGCUCGGAUGCACAGAGCAGAUUGCCCUCAUUGCCUGUUAAGGUCACCAUCAACUCCUGCCAAGCAAGGUGCUGCGAUACAAAUAACUGUAACGUACAGGAACUGAUCGACCAGCCACCAGCAACUGGAGGCCCAACCAGUGUAGGCCCAACCACUGAAGCCCCAACAAGUGUGGGCCCAACCGCUGAAAGCGGAGUGGGAAAAAUUCAGUCGCUUCCUCUUCUCGUUUCUUUCCUGAUUUUCUUGACAUUCUGCUGGUUUAAACAGCUUGAGUAACGUUAAUGAUUUGGCAUUGACCGCAGACUAUUUUUUUGUUGGCAAAGUUGUUUUGUUGUUGUUGUUGUUGUUGUUACUAAAAGAAAAAAUGAUUGACCAGCGUAUUAUCUUCUGGCAGUGUCCAUGACGGUGUCAGAACUAACACUAGCUAGUAACGGAAAAAUAAGUUACAAAAACUUCAUGAGCUUAUGGGGUGUUUCUUGGAGGUGCGGAAGCUAUUGAUAGGAAGCUCUAGUGCUGUAUUGUGACAGGGGCACCCAACGUCAAUUUUCGGAAAAUAUCUGUUCGGAAGACGAUUCGAGAUCUGGAAAUUUUCGGAACAUUUGUUGUAAAAUUUCUUGCUUGCCUUCCUCUCCUAGGAUUUUCGAACAUCUAAAAAAUGGUAUAAUUGCCCAUUUUAAAGGGAUUUUUACCCUAAAAAGGUCACCUAGAAUUUUCAGGAGCCUUUUUUCUGGCUGAAAUUUUCGAAAAGCUAAGUUUUGAUCCUUAUAAUUUUCGAAUCACUAGAUUUUCAGCUACGAAAUCCGAACAAAUGAAAAAUUUUUAGGGGAUAAAAAUAUGCCCAUAUCUACCGUUUCAAUACCAAAAUACGCUUUACAAUGCUAUGUUUAAGUGGUUUUGAACUAUGUUCUCGUUGAGUGUCCCUAUUGUGAGCAUUGUGCAGAGUCUUUACAGUCUUUUUUUUCCCGUCAAUUGUCGUUACUCAACAACAGGAAACUACCCAUUUACAUUUUCGAGCCACUAAAUUUUAAUGGCUCGACGUGCGACACUAUCUGUGAGAUCAGCUACUAGGAAUAGCCCGCGAGCAGGCUCAUUUGAACGAAUUCAAGGAAAAUUAUUAUGUCUAAUCUAAUAACUAUGUAAAAUGCUAAUUACUACAACAUUGUACGUCAAGUAAAAUUUUAUUGAACCUUAAAUGUUUACAAUAUUUUUCUCACUAAAACUCUUCAGUGUACUAAGAACUCUUGCAAGAAUUAAUUAGGGCCCAGUUCAAACGUCUAACCUUUCAGGUACCAAACCUACAUGAAAAGGUCGACGUUUGAAUCAACUUAUUUGGGUCGAGUGGCUUACAUGGGAAUUUCGACUGUGGAGCGGCUUCGUUUCAAGCGUCGAACUUCUCAUGUGCCGCACGAACCUAAAGCAUAAAUUAUUAUAAUUUUUUUUUAACUGGUAAGCAUUGUGGACCAUUGUACAUCGUGAAAGUGAAUUGAGGCCGACUAAUAAAUUUUGACGUCUGAAUCAAAAAUCGAACUUGUAUCAUCUGGGUCAACCUAAACAGUUCUUUAGUUCGUUCGACGUUUGAACCGGGCCUAAGACUACUAUAAUGAGAUAUAAUAAUAAUAAUAAUAAUAAUAAUAAUAAUAAUAAUAAUAAUAAAGCCUUUACUUAUCAAAAGAUAAAAAUACAUAUCUUUUGUUACAAGUAAGUAUAAGAAAUUUUAAAAACGUAAAACGGUAAGAAUUAAAAAUCUAGUAUAUUACAUAGCUAAUUCAUGUUUAAAAAAAUAAACGGUCAAUAAAAGAGUUUUUAAAACGCAUAGUAUUAAUCUUACGUUUAAAACAAGUUUCUUUCCUAAGAUUGUAACUGGACGGUUUAACACGUGGCAUAAUAGAUAAAAGUGGAUUUUAGCAUUAGAAACUUUUCUGACAAUUUUACGGUCUUUCCUCUCUGAGAAAUCAUAAACAAUUACAGGCUUAGACGUAUAUUUACUUUUAAAACAGCGGUCUAAGAAAGGUUGUACAGGUGUAAGGUCAAAAUAAGAGUAUUAAAAAGGUCUAUUUCUGACCGAUGAAAUUCCUCUUAGCGCAGCUAGCGUUAGCAUUCAGAUCUGAUACGUAUCAGACUGUGGUGAAUAAAAGAAGUAACAGCCUCAAAUGCAAGCGCCUACACUGGUGUACUUCAAUAGAUUACUGGUUCCUGGGAAAUUAACUGACUACCCUCCCCUCCACUAAGUCAGCAUUAACACUUCUCACUUAAGGCAAAAUUUUGCCCUAGGG